CUUAGAGAUAAAACCGCGAGAUCUAUGUAUGUCAGAGUCAGAAUCUCAUGAAGGUUGCGAAGCGUUUUAUAUUGAGCAUUCUCCCUUGGGCUGAGAGAGCGAGUCAUAUAAAAGACAGAGAGUUCUUGGGACAUUAUUAUUAUAUAUAGGGCCUAACAAAAUGACCGACCACCUAGUUAUAUACUCUAGGGAAUCGGGGAACGGCAACACAGAACCCCAAUUCCAUCAGCUCUUCAGCGGGAGGCAUUGGACGGAGAUUGAAAAGACCACACAUAAUUAAUUGGACAUCUUGUUGUCCCACCUUUGUCACAGUUAUGGCCACCCGCGCGAUGGUUAUUACUAGUCAACGCAACGCGUUCCUCAUGUCCUUUGCCGUCUUGCUGUUCGCCUGGAAUUGCCCCUAGCUGAGGCUGGUGAAAAUCCCACAGCCACCGCUAGUGAGGAUUGAGUGGAGAAUGGCUUGGGACUUUGGACUUUGAUAUCAAAAACUCCACCGGGGGCGCGCAAACCAACACCUACACCUACAUCACCGCCUACAAUACAGAGUACAAUUGCUACGCUUCAGCGACAGGAACGACAAUCAUGAGCUCACCACCACAGCUUACGCUUUUGCGCUGACAGUUGACCCUCACUCCAACUUGAAGCCCGCAUUUUGCUGCAACACAAGUUGCUCUUGAAGGCGCGUCCUGCCUUAGCCCUUGGGGCCAACUUCCUCCGCUGCGGGCUAGACCAUCGAUCCUAGCGGGCCUGCCCAGCGUGAUUGAGAUCAAGUCUCUCAAUUGGGCCAUUUAUCAAGCGGAGCCCCAGUGUUAUGAAGUCUUUGAGCUGUUGGCUUCGCUAGCUGGAGUCCUUCAAACUGCAAUUCCAGGUUUCCUGGGCUGUGUUUACAGUGUUUACACCAGGUGUGGCCAUUCAGAUCCCGCUACCAAGCGGGACUGAGAUCGUAGUCUUCAUCUUGCAUAUUUUCGGCCGUCGUUUUCAUGCAGAAGGUCGCUGCAACUGGGCAUGAUGUUAGUGAGAUUCAGCUAGCCAUGUUGAAUAAUGCCCCUCCUUGAACGCCAGCUGCUUGCUAGCUGGUGGCGAUAAUUGUAGGAGCGAUUUCCGUGAUGCUGCUUGUGUCAAUGGGUUACCCCUCAGCAGCGGAUCGAGUGUGUUAUCCUGGGAAAAGGAUAAAUAUCUGCUUCAGCCACGUUUGUCUUUCGGCUCCGUCUGCGUCUUCUUAUAUUCCUUCAACGCAUUUUCUAGCAUACAAAGUGUUUAAAAUCUUCUCAGCUUCAAUUGAUUCUAUUUUCAAUUCAGUUAUUUCACAUUUACUCUAUUUCUCGCCUUCGACUCCCUUCAAAAUGUCUUACAACAACAGCAGUGGCAGCUACUCUACUUCCCGUCGUGAUGAGGAUAGCAAUAACUCCUCCAACCGCAGGGAUAAUGACGAUUCCUACGGCUCAUCAGGUCGGUCCGGUGUAACCGGCUCCUAUGGCUCCGGGGGCAACAACAACAGCAGCAGCACCCGGCGUGACAAUGAUUCAUAUGGGUCCUCCGACCGCACUGGGGGCAACGAUUCGUACAGCUCUUCGGGCCGAACUGACACAUAUGGCUCUAACAAACGUGACGACAAUGACUCUCACGUCUCUUCUAACCGCACCGGGGGCACCGACUCUUACAGCUCCAACAAGGGCAACGACUCCUACGGCUCUACCGGCCGAACUGGUGGCAAUGACACAUACGGAUCCAGCAACCGCGGCAACGAGUCCUCCUAUGGCUCCUCCGGCCGAGCUGGCGCUGGCAGCGACAGCCAUGGAUCCAGCAACCGCAACGAUUCGUAUGGCUCCUCUACGCGUACUGGAGGAAACGAUUCUUACGGCUCUUCGGAUAAAAACAAGAGCUCCCACGGCUCCUCUGGAAACAAAAAUGAUAGCUACGGCAGCAACAAGCGGAGCGAUAAUGAUUCCUACGGCUCUUCCGAUAAAAACAAGAGCUCCUACGGCUCCACUGGGAAUAGCGGAAGCAAUAAUAACAAUAGCAGCUAUAACAGCAGCAAACGGGAUGACAAUGAUUCCUACGGAUCCUCCAGAAAUACGGGCAAGGGAAGCGAUUCAUAUGGCUCCGAUAACCUGAACAAGAAGAGCAGCUCCUCGUACGGGUCGUCCACCAACCGUCGUGAUGAUGACAAGUCUUACAGCUCCUCUGAUCGAAACAAGAGCUCUACCUAUGGCUCCACCAAGCGCGACGAUGACUAUACUACUACUACUACUACUACCAGUACUUAUGGGUCCAACACUAACCGUCGUGAUGACAACUCCUACGGUUCUUCCGAUCGAAACAAGAGCUCUACCUACGGCUCCGGCAAGCGUGACGAUGAUGACAACGAUACUUAUGGGUCGAAGUCCUCUAAUAAAUAUGGAGAUAGGAGUGGCUCUGGAGAGAAGAAGGAAUCUAUGGCUGAUAAGGUUAUGGGAAAAGUUGGCGACAUGAUCGGUGAAAAGAUCCAAGAAACCUUGAGUAGUGGAAAGCGGAAUUAAUUCUCUAAUACCCCUGUUUUUCAUGAAAGACCUCCCCCAUCCAUCAUAUCUCGCUCGACCGUGAGCCAUUCCUAACAUGGAGAAUACCAUGCCGUUGUAAUUUUUUUCGAACUUAUUGAAUUUAAUUUCGUUUGAAUACGAUCUUGCCUCAUUCUUCCACCCAACCGCCGUUCACUCGUCUCUAGGUGCUUUGGCCUUCAAAAAACGUUGUUGUUAUGUUGACUAUGUUGACUAUCAUGAUUCACCACGCCCCUGGGCAUUGCUUGCGCUGCCGAACAUGAUGAUUGCAACUAAAUCACGUCAAUGAUUGAACUUAACACAAAACUGUCUAGAGCCCUGAUGUUGUUUGAAAUGCCCUGCCGUCCUCAUCCUCCCUACGCUGCGUACAAAUACAUCUACAACUCCAUUUCUAACCAGGGAUGUACAGAUACGAAACCAAGUCAUUAUUCUUGUUAAAAACAACGAAUCCGCUGAACGAAAUUGUAUGCAUGUAUGUACGAUCACAGAAACAGACAUGGUAUGGACCUUAUCAAGGGCAGUGGGCCGGGGAGGGAAUGGGAAAAGGCCUGAAAGUGCCAUCCCGCCUCCCCGCCACCCCGCUCGUUUAACUAGGCUUCAAUCAAAUCCAUUUAAUUUCUUCAUAAUAUAUAUAUAUAUAUAUAUAUAUAU